UAAGCAAGUCCAUCUCUCUGGCUCCCACACAGUGCUCUAUCUAUCUAUCUAAACAAACAGAGUGUUCCUUACACUCCUCCAGCACAAACAACAAAAGAUCCGAGGAGUUUAGGGAUAAGAAACCCUAACCCUAAGUCAAUCUACCUCUUUUCUCUCUAAUCAAACGUCGUUAUUUUCAGUUAUGGCUGGUUUGGCACCUGAAGGAUCCCAAUUCGAUGCUCGUCAAUUCGAUUCUAAGAUGAAUGAGUUGCUCACAACUGAUGGGCAAGAUUUCUUUACUUCAUACGAUGAGGUGUAUGACACUUUUGAUGCUAUGGGUUUGAAGGAGAACCUUCUGAGGGGUAUUUAUGCAUAUGGUUUUGAGAAGCCAUCUGCAAUUCAACAAAGGGGGAUUGUCCCAUUCUGCAAGGGACUUGAUGUAAUCCAGCAAGCACAAUCAGGAACUGGAAAAACAGCUACUUUUUGCUCUGGAAUUUUGCAGCAGCUUGAUUAUGAUGUAGUUGAAUGCCAAGCACUGGUUCUUGCACCUACUCGAGAACUAGCACAACAGAUUGAAAAGGUUAUGAGAGCACUAGGUGAUUAUCUGGGUGUCAAGGUUCAUGCUUGUGUUGGUGGAACUAGUGUUCGUGAGGACCAGCGCAUUCUCUCAGCAGGGGUUCAUGUUGUAGUUGGUACCCCUGGUCGUGUGUUCGACAUGUUGCGGAGACAAUCACUUCGGCCUGACUAUAUCAAGAUGUUUGUAUUGGAUGAAGCAGAUGAAAUGCUCUCACGAGGUUUCAAGGAUCAGAUAUAUGAUAUUUUCCAGUUGCUGCCCCCUAAGAUUCAAGUUGGGGUUUUCUCCGCCACUAUGCCACCUGAGGCACUAGAAAUUACAAGGAAGUUCAUGAAUAAACCUGUGAGGAUUUUAGUGAAGCGUGAUGAGCUUACGCUUGAGGGUAUCAAGCAAUUCUAUGUUAAUGUUGACAAGGAGGAAUGGAAGCUUGAGACGCUUUGUGAUCUAUAUGAGACCUUGGCAAUAACCCAAAGUGUUAUCUUUGUGAACACUAGGCGUAAGGUAGAUUGGCUUACAGACAAGAUGCGCAGUCGUGAUCACACAGUCUCUGCCACUCAUGGAGAUAUGGACCAAAACACAAGGGACAUUAUUAUGCGGGAAUUUCGCUCUGGUUCCUCUCGUGUGCUGAUCACUACUGAUCUGUUAGCUCGUGGUAUUGAUGUCCAGCAAGUAUCACUUGUGAUCAAUUAUGAUCUGCCAACACAGCCAGAGAACUACCUCCAUCGUAUUGGUCGUAGUGGACGUUUUGGAAGGAAGGGUGUUGCUAUAAAUUUUGUUACCAAGGAUGAUGAAAGAAUGCUUUCUGACAUCCAGAGAUUUUAUAAUGUGACAGUUGAGGAGCUACCGUCAAAUGUUGCUGAUCUUCUUUGAAGCAAUUUUGGUUCACCAAGUUAAAAGACUUUUGAGUUUGGAAGUUCAAAUUAUUAUCCUCGUUGUAGGUUUGGGGCCUCUAUUUAGCUUGGAUUUGACUUACCCUUCAGACUUGGCUCUCUGUGCAUUUUAGAUUGGGGCGAAUCCCAUUGUGUGCAGAAUAAUCCAUUGUGUUAAAUUUUUGCAAGUUUGUUUUCGCAUUUUCCUUUGUGUCGGAGUAAAGUUUGCAGAAGUACUGUAGUGUCUGUCGUAGAAUUUGGUUCCGUGCUUGGUUUUUUAUUUUAUGCAAGGGAAUUUCCUGUAGGUUAAAACAAUUGAUUAAGCUAUUACUUCAGAAUAUUUGACUCUCCA